GGCCAGUGUAAGGUAUAUCAGAUAAGAAUUACCACUCUGCGUGAACAACAUGGAAGCGAUGUGGAAGAACGAGAUCCUAGAACUGAAUAAUUUACUUUAGCCUAUCGGUUGAAAUGUCCAUGAGCUCAAUUCUCCUUUUAAAGGUGUCAACACUUUUGUUAUGACAAUGUUAUAAACUAUUUACCAACAAUUCUACGGGAAAGAAUGGUCAAAUAUCUCUACAUUAUUUCUCUAUGGACCGCAGGAGAUGUCCUUGAAUUACGUGAUCGUGUGGUAUUCUGAAUCACACAGGAAACAAAGAUGUGGUCUCGUACAGUCAGAGGAAAAGCAGGGUGUCUUUUUGAGGUGGUCUCAGACGUUACCUCUGUAGCGCGUCCCGAAGGAGUACACUUCAACUCCAUGAACCUGAGGAACAUUGUAAAGUGGCAUCCUGGGAAAGACGCACCAAAUGACACCAACUACACAGUGGAAUAUGCAAUCUAUGGUGACCGCAUGGAUGGUGGAGCGAGACGGGUGCGCUGGAGGGUGAAGAAGAAGUGCAGAGACAUCCCUCAGACCUGGUGUGAUCUAUCCAACGAGACAACUGACCUGGAUGAAGUCUACUUUGCUAGAGUCAAGGCUUUGGGCAAAAAUGGAUCCUCCAAAUGGACACUCACAGAAAAGAGUUUCGAACCCAAAGCUGACACAACCUUUGGACCUCCACUUGUCAAACUUGUGGUGAAAGAGAAUAGUGUUACCGUUAAGCUGAAGGGUCCAAUGAGAUGGAAGACUGGGAAUAUGACAAAAGAGUACUCCUUGUUGAAAUUCUACCCUCAGAUGACUUACAACCUGUCUGUGUACGACAACACAAGCAACAAAACGCAACACUUCACUGUGGAAAACAGAUCCUUUGAAUAUAGGCUGCUUGCCUUUGAAACCCAGUAUUGUUUCUCUGCUAAGGCCCAGGUCCUAUCACUUCUUUUUGCUUGUCAUGCAUCUGAAUGGCAGUGCCUAACAACCUCAAAGGAUCCCUUUUAUGGCCAGCUGCUACUGAUGUUGCUGGGAGCCGUUGUCCCAUCAGUCAUCUGCCUCUUCAUGCUGAUCCUGGUCGGAUGCCUUGUCUACCACUUUGUCUGUGGUAAUAAACAGAAACGCCCCCCUUUCCUGGAAAUAUCGGACAUUCCGAACCCACCGCGGACCUUCUGUCCUGAGCAAGCUGUGACAGUGAACUUGGUACUGGUCAACAUGGCCAAGCCCAUGGAGAUGAUGCCCAUAAAUCCCAACACUAUCCUUGCCCUCAUCCAACAUUCAGAGGGGGAGCCCAUACUACCCUACGCUGCCCAGCAAGCCCCUGGCAGAGAGGAUUGUAAGGAGGGAUCAUGGGAAGAUGACUUCAGGGAGGCCCAACCAGAGCCCCUAGAAUACGGCUUCAUUGGAGCGUCCCCAAAGAUUCCGGAAAUGAGGGAAAGUGAGGCAUCUCGCAGUGAGGAAACCCUGCAGCUGCAUCUCAGCCAGGUCAAUACGCACAUAGCACAGAGAUCUGCACCAUGUUCACAGGGGCCUGUGGAGAAAGGGCUCUUUGGAAUUCCACUGCUGUCUGGUCUAAAGAUGGGGGAGGAGAGCAUGAGUUACAAAGAGCCUGAUCGGGUGGGUCCCUACGCACCGCAGCACUUCUCAGUCAGAGAGACCCCUGAGGUGGACUUUUGGGAAGACAAGGCUGAAGAUCCCCAAAGUUACCCCUCAGAUUACGAGACACAGUCUAACAGGAGGGGUACUCAGCCCCUGCGGCUAUCCCAGGUCAACCUGUACAGAACCCAGAGGCAUACGCUGUUUCCACAGGAGUCUGAGGAAGAGGAUGGAUCUGGCGGUAACUGUGUUGACUGGAGCCCUACAACAGGGAUUCUCCAGAUCCCUCUGCUCUCCAAGCCUAUUCCAGAGGUGGAGAUGAACAGGGAGUUAGAGCAGGUGGAGAUCUUACCCUCUGUGGUGGUGAGGCAGUCAGAGGAGUGUGAGGGUGAGAGUGAUCUGAUUGAACUACAGAACAACUGGAGCCUAGUGAUCAACAUGGAAGAAUAACCUAUUGGGCAUUUACAUUGGGUUUUGGGGGACACACUACUAAAGAGUGGUAUAGCUAUUCAUAAUGGCAAUUUGUUUAUGUUUACCGUAUGUGGAAAAAUUGCCAAAUCAAAUGAAGGAAUUUUUUAAAACUCAUCUGAAACACUUAACUGCUUUAGCACUGUGAUUGUAACUAACAUAUUUUUGAGAGUUUAUUUUUUACUUUGUACUUUAUCCAUACUUUUCUACUUACUUAUUACGAUUUAUAUAUUGCCAGAUAGCUUUUUUUGUGUAGAGCUUCAUACAACAUUUAAUUGAAUGCACAUGCAAUGUCACUUUACCUCAUGAUGAUUAACAACCAGGAAGGAGUGUGGCUGUAAUGGUCUCUAACUAUGUUGCUUUAUAACACACUAAAGCUUUACUGUCCUCCACCUGCAGAGUACAUUAUGUACAAUAUGUACUUCCCUCUGACUAUGAAGACAAAGCUUUUCAGGGAAAUCGUUGGACUGACCUGUCUAUGCAAAUGAAGGAUGCAUUAGUUUUUUCCUCAAAUAUUUUCACACUUCGAUGUCAUACAAUUACCGUUAACCCAUUUGUUCCCACAUUGUUUCUCAGGCACGCCACUAUGCAAUGUUAUACCACUAGUAACCCUAACUUGUAAUCCAGAUUGUUUAAAACAUUUUUUUACUGAAAAGUAUCUUUUUUUAAAAUAGUUUUAUUCUUGGUCACAAUUGUGACCGAUGGGAACAUUCUGUGCUUUGCCUAUAAUAAAAUAAACAAACAAUUAGCUAUU